AUGGAGAAGUUCUUGCAGCGAAGGACAGUCAAACCCACGAGUCAGGCCCUAGAAGUCUCACACCCCAUACUGGCAAUCGCCAUGACACGCACCACAACUGCCCUCGUCGUGCCUGAGCUCAACGGCAAGUUUCAGCUGCGAGAGGUCCAACUCGAUGACAUGCAGCCGGACGAAGUGCUGGUCGAGAUCCACGCCUCGGGACUCUGCCAUACUGACCUGUCGUUUGCGACGGGCGUGCUCCCCUGCGAACCCAACGCCGUGCUCGGCCACGAAGGCGCCGGCGUGGUCCUCGCCGCCGGAUCCGCCGUGCAGCACGUCAGCGCAGGCGACAAGGUCCUCCUCUCCUUCUCGUACUGCGAGGCCUGCGCGGCCUGCACCUCGGGCCACCCGGCCUACUGCCACGGCUUCAACGCGCGCAACUUUGGCGGCCGCCGGCCCGACGGCACGCCCUCGCUUUUUGCAUCCGCGUCCGUACCCGCUCCGGGGGAGCAGGCGGGUGCAGGUGAGGGGACUGCCGGCAAGGGUUUGUUCAGCGCUUUCUUUGGGCAGUCGUCCUUUGCGAGGCACACCCUGGCGCAUCGGUCGACGGUGGUGAGGGUGCCGCCGGAGACGGACCUGGCGUUGUAUGCGCCGCUGGGGUGUGGCAUGCAGACGGGUGCCGGGGCGAUUCUCAACUCGCUUGGGGUGAGGCCGGGGAGUUCAGUGGCUGUGUUUGGGGUGGGGUCUGUUGGGAUGGCGGCAGUGAUGGCGGCGGCGAAGAUUGCGGGGGCUGGGGUGGUGGUGGCGGUGGAUUUGCAGCAGUCGAGGUUGGAGUUGGCUAUGAAGCUGGGGGCCACGCAUGCGGUGCUGGGGUCGGAGAAGGAUGUCGUGGGGAGGAUUAGGGAGAUUUGUCCGCCGCUUGGGGUGGACUAUGCGGUGGAUUGUACCGGGGUGCCGGCGGUGAUCCGGACGAUGAUAGAUUCUCUGGGGACGAGAGGGCGGGGGGCGACAGUUGGGGCCCCCGGGUUUGGGAAGUGCGUGAGCGUGGACGUGAUGGAGCAUCUGACGUACGGGAAGGAGUAUGUUGGAUGUGUAGAGGGAGAUAGCUUACCGGAAAAGUUCAUCCCCUACCUGAUGGACGUACACAGGAAGGGGCAGUUCCCCCUGGAGGAAUUUGUCCGCUACUACGAUUUUCAAGAUCACGAGAAGGCCAUUGAAGAUACCCAUUCCGGGGAGGUCAUUAAGGCUGUUCUCAGAUGGAAAUCAUAG